UAUCACCACUUAACAAACAGUAAAGGAUAUUACAUUUCUGGUUGAGGGUUUUGACUGUGUGUGAGAUGAAGCUUAAAACCCAAAUGUCCUCUUUUCUGCAAUGGUGAAGUAACGAGAAAGGGUUGGAAAUCACCUACAAUUCCCAUAAGCAUGACACAUCUGACUAAAAAACCACUGUGUUGGCUGCAAAAUGUAUGCUGACACUCAUUAGCAGUCAGCUGCCCUUUACCACCAUGGGUUUCACUCAUUCACUGCCAGUACAUAAGAGUGGUGCUCCUCACAUUUAUCAGCAGUCACACUGAUACCCUCUGGAAGAGGCUGUCACCAAACAGUGAACAGGAGCCCAACUACUUGAUUCAGGAGUAACAACAUGUAGUAAAAAAGCCAGCAGAAAAUAAGCCUUGUAUUUCCUGGUGGGCCCAGGGCUGCCUGACACGAAGUGGUGUCUCAUGCAGUGGGCCACCAUGAUUACGGGUUUCUGGUGCAAUUUUCUACCGUAAACCAUGGGAGAAACAGGCUCCUUAAUUUUAGCAUGGACAACACAGACUGUCGGGCUUACAACGGGCUGCAGGAGCAGCAAGAGAGGAAGGUCUGGAGCUCAUGACCCAGCAAUGCCUUUCCCAGUUCUACUGCCCUAUGGUGAGGUUGAACCAAAGGCUUCUUCCUUCUGUUUUCUUCCAAUCUGGCCCUUAGAAGAAAGCCCUAAAUUUCCUGCGAGGCUUCCCUCUGAUUUUGAGCCAGGGCGGGUGGUGUUUAAGGCCAGCAGGCAGCCGGACCACGGCAGCACCGAGCCUCGGGCGCACGACGCCGACACCAUCCCAUGUCUGCACCCACUGCUGCGGCUCGGACGUGAAGAAGGAGCAUUCCCACCACUUCGACCCCGCACUAUAAGGCGCCUUUAUGCCAGCUUUCCGCCUGAGUUACAGGUCUGCACACCUUUGGCGACCCCAGGUCAUGUCCCAAGUCAGGACACCUUCCCGGCAGAGCCAGCCCUUUCUGAUCGGCAGAAUCCACGCCGCCCAAGCCUGUGCGGGGUCAUCUGCCGAGCCAGCGCUGGAUCUCCGAGGAGUUUAAUUUUUAAGCGGCGGGGGACCGUCCUAGAGCCGAAGACGUGCCAGGGAUGCUCCCUCCGCGUCAGGCCCGGCACGGCGAGGGGAGCAGGGCACUCACCGUCUGGAUCACCUUGAUCGGCA